AUGUCCGACGACCAAGCGCCGCCGUUUUCACUUGACAAGUCUCGGCACGACACGUCGACAUACGUGGGUCGCUGGCGCAACUUUGCAGCGCUUGUGUCACCAAAGUGGCUGUUUCUGAGCCCGGAGCAAAUUCAGCAUACGAAGAAGACGCUGGAGGACUUUCGCACCGGUGUCCUUGCCCCGGGAACCAUUGGAAACGCAGAGCUUUGGAAUAUUCGUCAAGCCUACGAGGCAGCUGUGCACCCUCAAACGGGUGAAACGGUGCCCGCCGUGUUUCGCCUGUCGGCUUUUGUGCCAGUGAAUAUUCCCAUAUGCGUUGGCAUGCUACUCGCCCCACCCACGUUGGCAAAUACGAUCUUCUGGCAGUGGAUCAAUCAGAGCUACGGCGCCGGCUUUAACUAUGCAAAUCGCAACGCUAGCAGUGAGCAGGACAACUCGACUAUUUUCAAGUCCUACGCAAUCGCUACGCUCGUGUCUUGUACGACGGCCGUUGGCUUGGGCAAGAUGGUGGAGAAUGCCAAGCGACUUUCGCCAAGCACGCGCUCGUUUUUGGGAAAGAUGGUACCAUUUGUCGCUGUCGCUAGUGCUGGAGCGUUUAACGCAGUGUCGAUGCGCUUUAACGAGUUCCAGGAAGGCAUUGACAUCAUGGAUGAGCAUGGAGACGUCCAUGGACGAUCCGUUGCUGCUGGUCGCCAAUCACUUGGCCAAGUGGCGCUUACGCGGAUCGCACUUCCGAUGCCCAUUCUGUUGCUACCGCCGUACCUGUACGAGGUGAUGAAAAAAACCAACGUCAUGCCAAAGGGCAAGUAUCCUAAACUUGCCGCUGAACUUGUCGUGUUGACGCUGUGCUUAUGGGGUGCCGUGCCGAGCGCUGUCGCUCUUUUUCCCCAAAUUGGAACCAUUUCGGCAGACAGUGUUGAGAGUGAGUUCCAGUCCCGAGUGGACCGAUACGGCCAACCUGUUCACCACUACGUCUACAACAAGGGAAUUUGA